UUGUUGCUGGUACGAAAACCUUGCCCAGCAUACCAUAUCGAGCGCGAUUUAGUUGUAGCGUCGGAAGAAAUCCAAGCCAAACUGAAUGCCAGUCGGGGACUGUUUGAAGCUAUGACGAACUACACUGGACGACCUGUAGAAGACUUUGAUGAUGUUAUGGAUGUUUACAGUACCUUAAAGGCUGAAGAUGGGUUCAAUUUAACGUUGCCUGAUUGGACCAAAGAGUACUACCCAGAUAAAAUGCUCGAACCGACCAUCUUCAGCUUUGUGCUGAAUGCUUGGAACGAUAAAAUGAACCGAUUCAAAGGAGGACUGCUUCUAAAAAAAAUGAUUGGCGACUGGCAAUCAAAAGCCAAAGGAACGAUUUCGCCUCCAGCUCGAAAGGCGUUUUUGUAUGGAGGGCAUGAUUCCACUAUAGUGAAUUUGAUGAGGACUUUGAAAGUUUGGGAUUCGCAAAUGCCCGAAUAUGGAAUAACUGUUUUGCUCGAAUUAUCCAAGACUUCCUCAGGAAUUUAUGGCGUUGAGAUAUUUCUGCGGAAUUCCACUUCAGUUCCCCCAUUUAAAUUGACUAUUCCGGGUUGUGAUAGCUUCUGCCCAUUGGACCAACUAGUAGAUCUGACAAGGCAUGUGAUUCCGGAAAAUUGGGAUGAAGAGUGUAAAAGCAAUGGGACGUACGAGGUCCCCGAAGCGGGACAACCUUAAUUGUGAUAGAAUAUUUUGAGAGUAUUGGCAUGCCCUAUGCUUUGUGCGACAUCUCUGGAGAACUGACAGCUAGCUGUUCCACCCCACAAGGAAACCUUAGCCACCCAAGCUGAUAGAUUGUCACAAUGACAACUAGAAUCAAUAGUUUUUCAUUCAUUCAUUGUUACAGGGGUUUGUAGCCGGGGUUUUGAAUCAGUAAUUUCCUAUUUUCUGUUAAUAGUCAGUCCUAAGGCCAUGGCAGGGUUUUUCGGUUUACUCAAAGUUUCAAGUGUAGUGCCCAUAGUUCCUUAUCAGGUAAAUUCACCCCCUCAGUUUCACCUAAGGCUUCUCUACUGUACUAAGCUAAUUUUCAUAAGUCUUCACUCUCUAACAUUAUUGAGACCCCUUUAUGUUUUCAUUGGGGUUUCGUAGGUAUUUACUGUUAAAACCAUCAGCUCGAGUUGAUGUUUAACUAAACUUUAUCUAAAAUAUGUUUCAACAUUUUUUUUCAUAAAACGCCCAAUAAGCAUGCAUACAUCUCUCUCUGCAAAGUUAAUAAGCAACUUACUUAUCUGCGGCCUCAUUAGCCUCAGUUAUCAACUGUACUUGUUAGGGAAAAUAAGCAUUUUAAUCUAAUACACCAAAUUACAUUUUAUAGAAGUCAUAAUCGUAAAAUAAGUGUCAUACGUGUAUUGUAUUGUGAGCAUUAUAUGCACUUUAUUGUCAUAUUAAUGAGUGUGUCGAAAUUCCCAAGAACUGUGCUUUUUUGCCGGUGUAUUAUUCAAGUUGCACUAUUUGAUCUGUUUGGUCGGCAUUUGCAGUAUAAUUUUAUCCAACUGGGAGAUGCAUAUGCGAAGUACUCUGUGUAAUGUAUGUUCGGGUGAGUCGAAAGAAACAAUAGAUAAAUAUAAAUACCAACAAGAACAUAAACGUCGUAUGUUUUACGGUAACCGACUGAAAACUUAGCAGAAAUAAAUCAGAAUGUUUUGUAAUUU